AUGGACAACUCCUCAAAGACACCUCAAAGUCCUCAGAUGAGCCCCCAGUCCAGCUCCCCGAAAUUGAGCAUGGAAGAAAGGAGGCAGAAGCAGCUCAUCUCAGCCAGGAAGAUGCUUCGGGAAUAUGAGAUCAAGCACGACAUUGUUCCUGGGAAGAGCAGCAAGAAGAAGAAGAAGUACAGAGACAGCAACCAGGACACCUCCACUGUUGAAGGCCAACAGUUGACCAAGGGAGAGAGGCCUUUAGAAUCUUCUGGCUGCUUCUGCCCCAGCCAAGAUCUCAGAAGGCAGCAACCCCAGAAACAGGGACAGCAGGAGAAAGGCUGGGAGUUUCUGGAGCUGCGGAACUUACAGAGCAAGCCCCUCAGCCAGCUGGUGUGGAUGACACUCUGUCCCCAACCAUCACCCUGUGUGAAAGGCCAAGAUGUCAUGUCCCCAACGAGCCUGAGAAACCCAGAGCUUCAGGGUCAGUAUCAAGAAAUCUCAAUGACCCUGGACAAGAGCAACAUGGAGGAAAAAGAUCUUACCAGCCAGAUCUUUGAAAUGCAACAGCAGCACCAGUGUGCAGUGGAUCAGCUAGAAAAGGAGAAGGAGGAGUUCGAGCAGAAACUGGCCAAAGAACAAGGGUCGCUGCGUGAGCAGUUACAGAUUCACAUUCAGACCAUCGGGAUCCUGAUGUCGGAGAAGUCGGACCUGUACGUGGCCCUGACCCACACUCAGCAGGCUGUGAAGCAGAAGACAGGGGAAUGUGAGGACAUCACCAAGAAACUGCACGCAUCCCGGCAGCGCGUGGGCGACCUGGAGCGCACCCUCUCAGCCCUGGCCACGCAGCAGAAGCAGGACGAGAAGCACAACAAGGAUUUAACCAAGGAACGAGAUGACCUGAAGACGGAAUUAUUUCAGAAAAACAAAGGUGUGCAGGACCUGCAGGAUCUGGUCAGUGAGCUCCAGGAGAAGCUGCGUGAGGCGCAAGCGGAGACUGACAACACCCGGCAGAGAGCGGUCGACCUACAGAAGAAGCUGGAAAUGACAGAGAUGCUGCUGCUGCAGUUCACUGGUCCCACAGCAGCAUCGGGUAGUGACCCUCAGGCCGCUGAGGCGCUCGGGGAGAAAAAGCAAAUGGGAAGAGAAAUUGAGGAGCUCAAGAGGCUGCUAAAUCAGUUACAAGUGGAGCGAGACCAACACAUGGAACAGAUCAAGGCCCAGGAUGAAUUUUGGCAGCAGAAAGUCCAGCAGGCCCUAGAGCAGAGUGCAAUGUUGAAGGAAGAAAACGGAAAGAACAUCACAUACAUUCAAGAGUUGGAGGCCCACAUGGCUGACCUGAUGGCCCAGUUGGAAGCCCCUGACCCUCAGGAGCCCCCUGUGAGGCCCACUGGGCUCUCGGAGAUGGAAGAAGAGCUGCAGGCAGAGGCCAGGAGGCUGCAGGAAGAGCUGGCAAGCCUGGCCCAGCAGCUGCAGGCGCAGGUCCUGGACAACCAGAACCUGAGCCAGCUGAAUGCCGAGCAGGGCCAGCGCCUCCUGCAGCUGGAGCGCGAGGCCGAGGUGUGGACUGAGCAGGCCGAGGCGCGCAGCCGCAUCCUGGAGACCAUGGAGAACGACCGCACCACCAUCACGCGCGCCCUGGCCCAGAACCGCGAGCUCAAGCAGCAGCUGGCCGAGCUCCAGGACGGAUUCGUGAAGCUGAGCAAUGAGAACAUGGAAGUGACAUGCGCCUUACAAACUGAGCAGCACGCCAAGGACCAGCUGGCAGAGAAGCUCGGCAAGAUGCAUGAGAAAUUGGCAGAGAUGAAGGAGAUGGUGGAGCUGAAGGGCACCGAGGCGCAGUCUCUGCAGCAGCAGCGGGACCAGUAUCUGGGCCACCUGCAGCAGUACGUGGCCGCCUACCAGCAGCUGAUCGCCGAGAAGGAGCAGCUGUACCAGCAAGUGCUGCUGCAGAACCAGCACUUGGACCGGCUACAGCACGAGCAAACACGGGCCAAGGACGACCUGGACGAGGCCCAGGAGGAGCUGAAGGAGGCCCAGGGACUCCUGAAGACCACCCAGGAGCAGAAACAGCAGCUCCAGUCGCAGCUGACAGCACUGCUGAUGCCAGUGAAGGAAAGUGAAUUGGAAGAGGAAGAAGUGGAAAGUGACCCAAGGAAGCUGAGUCUGCCGGACGACCUGGAAACUAGAGAGGCCAUGCUGGAGUUCUGCAACUCGGCCUUAGUGGAGGCAGACAGGGAGCGGGCCAGCCUGCGUGAGCAGCUGAGGCAGGAGAGAGCCAAGAACCAGUGUCUGGCCCAAACCGGGGCAGCCGCGCAGCUCUGGCUAGAGCAGGAGGCCACAGUGCCCCACACCGGGGGCCCCACUGUGCCCCAGGAGACACACGUGGCCCUGAAGGAGGCCAUGGAUUUGUUGCAAGCUCGCUUUGCGCAAAUCAUGCAAGAGAAGGUGGAGCUGAAGGAGCGUGUGGAAGAAUUAGAGCAUCGCUGCGUCCAGCUCUCAGGGGAGACAGAAACGAUCGGGGAGUAUAUCACCCUCUACCACAACCAGAGGGCCGUGCUGAAGGCGCGGCACCGGGAGAAGGAGGAGUACAUUACCCGCCUGGCACAGGACAAGGAGAACCUGAAGGUGCAACUGAUGGAGCUGCAGGAGCUGGUGUUGAUGCUGGUUAAGGACAGUUACUCCGCCCCAGGCACAAAGCCCCCCACCACAGUGCCCCUUGCCGGCAGCAUGGCCGGCACCCCAGAAGAAAUCGCACAGGAGAGCAGCCCUGCCUCCGUGGAGCUGAGCCCCGCAGGGCCCCCAGCCGAGCCCUCGCCCACCACCAACCCCACGGCCUUGAAGAUCAUGCAGCUGCUGAGAGACAUGCAGAACUGUAAGGAGCAGGCCGGCCUGGGCUCUGCGCCUUGCUCCCCCUGUAUCCCCUUUUUCUACAAGGCUGAUGAGAACGACCAAGUGAAGAUCACCAUCAUCUAGCUCCAGCCCGCUCCGCCCUGCACUCUUCCUCUGCUCCUUCACACUGAGGAAGGGAAAGACUGUAGCGCUUCUUGUAACCCCAAGAUCCCUAACAAAGAACCAAGCAAAUCUAUCACAGGCAAUGGAGCUCAGUAAGACAAUUACUCAGAGGAGGGUGUGGAAAGGCCCAGUGCCUUAGAGUGACCCUCCAG